AUGACAAAGCUUCAAUUAGGGUUUGUAUUGAUUUUCCUGUUAACAGUUACGUCACCUGCAUCGUCUAAGCCGAAGUGUUGUAUGCUUAACCAAUGGGAGGGGAUGCUUUAUUUCGAGAUAGGUGCACUGGACAGAGGUAAUGUCUCAGGAUUACAUAGUUCGGAUAAGAUAGAUUUGUAUAUUACAAACGGAACUGUCAAUGUGUCAUAUGAUCAAGAAAAUGGCAGGACAUAUUUCGGCUUCGACAGAUACACGAGGUCUGUCCAAUCUCAACCAGAACGGUCACGUGGUAGCCUCAUCUCCGAUUACAAAAAGGGGUUCCAGUAUCUGGUUUACGAAAAUAAGACGUGUGAGAAGUCCGCGUUAACUGACAACAUGACUGUAUAUUGUGCUUCAGAUUUUCUUAAAAACGAUAACUUUCCAGUCGGACGUAUAGUAGGAGAUACACCGGUAACUAAUGUAGAAGUUCUUCCAGGUGAUUUCUUCUCCAGUAUUUAUACAACAACAUAUAAAGUUGGUUCACAAUGUAUGCCGCUUUAUUUGGCCAUCACUAACAACUGGCCAGGGACUAACAGUGCUGGAGCAGGCGGCGCCGAUAUUCUUGAUAUCAAGCCGGACAUCGCAGACCCUUCGAUAUUCACACCACCAACGUACUGUCCAAAACGAAUCACCGAGAGGUCCAAAGAUCCAAUGUUUCUCCGGCUUUCAAGUCUCUUCAAUUAG